AUGUCUUGGCAAGCUUACGUUGAUACUUCCUUACUUGGUACCGGCAAAAUCGACCAAGCAGCCAUCGUUUCUAGAGCUGGUGAUAGCGUUUGGGCUGCUUCCUCUGGUUUCAACCUUUCUGGUUCCGAAACCAAAGGCCUUGCCGCUGGAUUCCAGGAUCCUCCCAGCAUGUUCGGUACCGGAAUUCAUUUAUCUGGUCAAAAGUAUAUCACCAUCCGUGCUGAAGGUAGAUCCAUCUACGGAAAACUUCAAAAAUCCGGUAUAAUCUGCGUUGCUACUAAGCUUUGCAUACUAGUAGCUCAUUACCCUGAGACUACUUUGCCCGGUGAGGCAGCCAAGAUUACAGAAGCCCUUGCUGAUUACCUUGUCGGUGUUGGCUAUUAA